AUGCUGCCCAUUAGAAGAACAGUGGCGCUCCACGCCGCCAGGAGCUGCCGCCGCAGUCUCCUGCAACAGUGCCAACUUCCCUCGCGAUCGAUCCGCCCCAGUUUCUACACGACGACGACCCGUCCCCGCCAGUAUGCCUUCCACUCGCAACUCGAAAACGCUGCGAACGCGACCGACUUCCUCUACACAUCCGCUCCCAAGGUUGAAAACCCCCAGACCUUGACGGAGAAGAUUGUCCAGCGGCACUCGCUCGGUCUCGCGCCCGGCAAAAAAGUCCGCGCAGGCGACUACGUCACCCUCUCUCCUGGGAAGUGCAUGUCUCAUGACAACACGGCGCCCAUCAGCAACAAGUUUGCCUCCAUCGGAGCCACCAAGAUUCACGACCCCUCACAACUCGUCUGGACCCUCGAUCACGAUGUCCAAAACAAGAGUGAGGCCAACCUGAAGAAAUACAAAAAGAUUGAGGAGCUCGGCAAGACGCAUGGUGUGGUUUUCUACCCGGCGGGGCGUGGAAUCGGUCACCAAAUUAUGGUGGAGGAAGGUUAUGCAUGGCCAGGCACCUUGGCCGUCGCAUCGGACAGUCACUCGAAUCACUAUGGUGGAAUUGGAUGCCUUGGUACCGCGGUCGUACGAACAGAUGCCGCCGCCAUUUGGGCCACUGGCCGCACAUGGUACCAAGUGCCCCCGAUUGCCAAGAUCACUUUGACCGGAGUGAAGCCCCCGGGUGUCACUGGAAAGGACAUCAUCGUUGCGCUUUGCGGUCUAUUCAACAAAGACGACGUUCUGAACCACGCCCUCGAGUUUACCGGCUCCGAGGAGACCAUGCGGAGCAUCCCAGUCGACGAGCGGAUAACGGUGGCGAAUAUGAGCACGGAAUGGGGCGCUUUGUCGGCGCUGUUCCCGAUCGACGAGACACUGGAAAGAUGGCUCCGUGCGAAGGCCACCACAGCAGCCAUGCUGAACACAGACGCCGCUGUCAAGGGCCGCUGGACUCACGAGCGGGUCGACGAGCUGCUGGAGAACCCCCUCACAGCCGACGCUGGCGCGACAUACGCCAAGUCCCUCUACCUGAACCUCGAAACCCUGUCCCCCUUUGUCGCCGGCCCCAACUCCGUCAAGGUCGCGACACCCCUGAAGGAUCUAGAGGCUCAGAACAUCAAGAUCGACAAGGCCUACCUCGUCUCGUGUACCAACUCGCGAGCAUCAGACAUUGCCGCUGCGGCACGCGUUUUCCGUGAGGCCGCCAAGGACGGAGAAAUCCCCAAGAUUGCACCGGGUGUCUCCUUCUAUCUUGCCGCGGCGUCGACUGUCGAGCAGCAGGCUGCCGAGGAUGCUGGCGACUGGCAGACACUUGUCGACGCAGGCUGCUCCGUAUUACCUUCAGGCUGUGGCCCGUGCAUCGGUCUCGGAACCGGCCUUCUUGAACCGGGCGAAAAUGGAAUUUCGGCAAGCAACCGCAACUUCAAGGGCCGCAUGGGCUCCACCGAAGCCAAAGCCUACCUGGCCAGCCCUGAGGUCGUCGCCGCGAGUGCUUUGAAGGGCAAAAUCGCUGGUCCUGGCUGGUACCAACAGCCCAAGGGUGUGGACAAGGUCAUCAUCGGCGAGGGCGUCGGUGACAUCACCGCCGACAUUGCAAUGAGCAUCGACGACGCCCUCGACCAGCUCAUUGCGCAAGCCGACAGCAUGAUCGCCGAGUCUGAAAAGGGAAUCAACAGUGCUCCUACUGCUGAGGAACCAGCUGCCGCCGCGGAGAGCGAGGAAGACAGCUUGACUGAAGUCCUUCCCGGGUUCCCCGAAAAGGUGGAAGGCGAGAUCAUCUUCUGCGACCAAGAUAACAUGAACACGGAUGGAAUCUACCCUGGCAAGUACACCUACCAAGACAACGUCUCCGUCGAGAAGAUGGCCGAGGUGUGCAUGGAGAACUACGACACCUCCUUCCGAGACAUCGCCAAGGCGGGCGACAUCCUCGUCUCGGGCUUCAACUUUGGCACGGGCAGCUCGCGUGAGCAGGCGGCGACGGCGAUCCUGGCCAAGAAGAUCCCCCUGGUCGUGUCGGGCAGCUUCGGCAACAUCUUUAGCAGGAACAGCAUCAACAACGCGCUCAUGGGCGUCGAGGUGCCCAAGCUCGUGCAGCGUCUCCGCGAGACGUUUAAGAACGAGGGGGAGGACAAGGUGCUCACGCGCCGUACGGGUUGGAGGCUCUGCUGGGACCUGAGGAGGUCCAAGGUGAUUGUCACCGAGGGUAACGGGGAGAGUUGGAGCGUCAAAGUCGGCGAGCUCCCGCCCAAUGUGCAGGAGGUUAUCGCCAAGGGCGGCUUGGAGGCUUGGGUCAAGGCCGAGAUUGAGAAGUAA